AUGGGCUUGGAAGAGAAGGUGAAGGUGAGAUUUUGGGAAGAUUUGGAUGAGGUGGUGAGAAGCGUGCCUAGCGUGGAGAAGAUCAUCAUAGCAGGGGACUUUAAUGGGCACAUUGGAGUCCUACCUAGAGGCUAUGAUAAUGUGCAUAGUGGUUUUGUCUUCGAUGUUAGAAAUAGGGAGGGAACGGCCCUGUUGGAUUUUGCGAGGGCCUUUAAGCUGGUGGUUGUGAACUUGAGUUUCCUAAAGAAGGAGGAUUACCUGAUUACCUUUCAAAGCAUGAAAGCGAAGACUCAGAUUGACUUUCUGUUGGUUAAGAAGCAGGAUAGGAUGCUAUGUAAGGACUGUAAGGUCAUUCCGAGCGAACAUGUUGUAUGGCGCGGAGUGUUGGCCAGUCAAGCACUCCCACAUCCAAAAAGUGAGGGUGGAGGAAAUAAGGAUGCUGCGUUGGAUGUGUGGCUUACUAAAGGAGACAGGAUUAGGAAUGAGAUUAUUAGAGAGAAGAUAGGGAUGGCGUCGGUGGAGGACAAGAUGCGGGAAGGAACGCUGAGAUGGUUUUGA